AUGUCCCGACUCUGGUCUCUCCUCAUACUGGCCCUUGCCUCCCUGAUAUCUGCUACCGAUUACUUCGAGCAAUUGAACUUGACUCCUUUGCCGUUAGGGAAACUAGUGGCUUCGUUCGAGUUUCGGAGCAAUGAGACUGUGAGCAAUUACGAGGCGCAGAAUUACAGGCUCUUUCCAAGGUCAUUGGCGCAAACACUGCAACAUGCGGACACAAAGGAGCUGCACUUGAGAUUCACGACCGGCAGAUGGGAUCCAGAGGAGUGGGGAGCGCGACCAUGGGAUGGGACGAAAGAGGGGGGCACUGGCGUUGAACUCUGGGCAUGGAUCGAGGCGGGCUCCGAGAAGGAGGCAUUUGAGAAAUGGACUAUCCUCACGCAGAGUCUGUCAGGAUUGUUCUGCGCCUCUCUCAACUUUGUGGACUCGACCAGAACGACCAAGCCCGUCCUGACAUUUGCGGCUGCAGGCCAGUACGCGGCGGAUGCACCGGACACAUACUUCCUUCAUGGUGUACUCCCUGGCGAAGUGGUCUGUACCGAAAAUCUGACACCAUUUCUCAAGCUACUACCAUGCAAAGGCAAAGCGGGCAUUUCAAGCCUUUUGGAUGGUCACAAGGUGUUCGAUGCUGACUGGCAGACAAUGUCAAUCGACAUUGUACCCAAGUGCCCCUCGGAUCGGGAAGAGUGCAUUGUGGAACUGGAGCAAAAUAUUGACGUUGUGUUGGACAUUCAACGGUCUAAGCGACCCAGGGACAACCCAAUUCCGCGGCCAGUACCCAAGGAGGAGCUUGUCUGCGACGGAUCAAAAGACUACCACUCACAAGAUACCUGCUACCCUCGCGAUCUUGUUGACGAGCUUCCCUGGACGUUCCACGACCUCUUUGGCCGAGAGAUGACCGGCACUUGUCCACUGAGUGAGAGGAAUGGUCCAGAUGCCAAGGCGGUGUGCGUCAAUGUUCCACACUCACGAAUGCUCAUGAUCGGCGUCAGUGGUUUCGAGCUCAAAUCUCCCCCUGGCGAACGCGAAUCACGCUGCUAUCAACUCAUGCCCAACGAACCAUUUGACGUGGAGCUCACACAGCAGCAUGUUGAGAAUCCAUACCAUUUAGACCACGAGCUGCUCCGCGCCGAACGAACCAUGAUCGGUACUGGCGCUGCUAGUGGUGGCAUGCGAGUGCUGUUUACCAAUCCAUCCUCGAGUGCCCCAGUGUCGUUCGUUUACUUCGAAUCGCUACCUUGGUUCAUGCGGCCUUAUAUGCACACAUUGUCGGCCAGCAUCACAGAAACCGAGUUUCCUUGGGCAGAUGACAAGUCGCUGAUCGGCGAUAUGUACUAUCGUCCUGCCAUCGACCGAGAACGAGGCACACAGCUGGAGCUGAUGAUGACUAUCCCGCCUGCAAGCACGGUAAUGCUGACAUACGACCUGGAGAAAGCCAUAUUGAGAUACACAGAGUAUCCACCAGACGCCAACAGAGGCUUCAAUGUUGCACCAGCGGUGAUACGGGUAUUGAACCAGACCAAUGCCAUCGGCAGUGAAAAGGAUGUUUACAUCAGAACAACGAGCUUGUUGCUUCCUCUUCCCACGCCGGACUUCAGUAUGCCAUACAAUGUCAUCAUCCUAACGAGUACGGUGAUGGCACUAGCAUUUGGAAGCAUCUUCAACCUGCUGGUCAGGAGAUUCGUCGGCGCCGAUGAAGUCGAGGACAACAAGCUUAAGGUUCUGCUGCACACCAUUGUUGGCAGAAUACAGGCACUGAAGGGCAAGCCCGCCGAAAAGAUAGAAUAA